ACUACAUGUGAAACGCUGUUCUAUGAUAUGAGUAUUGCGAAGGUAUAUGAUCCCGUUGCCACUUUUUGAUGCGACGUGUUUAGUCCAGAUGCGCCAAUGAAUUACGUGGACACGCGACAGUCGGACGGUAGUCUCUUGUCGGGCUCUGGCUUUGCAUUUAGACCCCGCCAAUGGGAGGUCGGACCGAUUCACAACGAUCAAGGGAUCGCAGUCAAUAAACGCAUAAAUACGAUCACUUUGGGGGUCCGUCGCACGAAUCAGCUAACGUCGCUCCACUCUUCUCUCAAGCGACAAUCCGCAGUUGUCGUGGUCAUCAUGUGCUCGGAUUUUGGUCACGCCCUGACCCUUAGAAUUGAUUCAACUGUGAUGGUCAGAUCUCAGGUCACCACGGGAUCAGAUCCCGGCACCCUUCGACUCCGUCCAGGGUCAGGAGGUCAGGUAUUGACCGGAACAUCACUGCAGCUACGGAAGGUGUUGGAAAACUGUCUGUGGCAGAUUCCGGGUUGUGGGUGUUCUGUCUCCGUGAAGUUACCGCAUAGACGGUGGAGCUAACAAAGUUGUGCCCAUCUGGUUAUCAGGAAGAAUGUUCGUCCAUACAUCUCAGCACAUCUUUGCCGAAUGUGUGGGAUGUAUUUCUUGCACCCGUCCUGCGACAAAGCAGGCGAAGACGAGCCAACGUAGUAAGAAUUAAUUGUGGAUUUUGAUUGGCCAGGGGGAACUGUUAUCCCUUCUGUGCGCUAACGAGCCUGGACCAGCUCCAUCGGGCCGGAACGGCUCGGGGGCGAGCCUCUGUGGGAGCGACAACUCACUUCGCCAUUGGCUGGAAAACACCGGCUACCUAC